AUGUAUGUUUCCGAGUCCGAGCCGAUACGGCGAACCGGCUGUGGGAGGCAGAGACAGACAAAAGGGAUAAGUGGACAGGCGCAUGAACCGCCUCAGAGCAAGAGUGGAGACGACAUGGAUUCUUUCGAGAGGGACAAGCCUCUGUCAGGUCGAGCCAUUCAGGCUGGUCUGUCCGCGACUGAUAGACAACCAAUUGAUUGCAGUGCUCAUGAGGAGACAGCCAUCUCGAGGGCAACCAAUCAGAAAAGCCGACUCGGGUUUCCCAUAAAGGCAUCAGGUGCUCGCCUCGCCAAACUGACACUUACUUUCUGUCAAACCCGGGCCCCAAUUCUCUCCCCCUUUUACUCUGCCUUUACUAUUCUCUUCUCAAUCUUCUUUUGCCUCUCUUCUCCUCUCUCUCUCUCUCUCGCUCUCUCUUUAUAUAUAUAUAUAUAUAUUUAG